UCCAUCUCUCUCAAAUCGAAAGGCACAGCCCAACUUUUUUCGCAAGUCGCUGUAAAGUUGAUCUUGCUCCUUUUUUAUAUACACACACAUCUUCUCCUCCCUCUCACACCUUCCUCUUCAAUCCUCCAUUUUCUUCAAACCCUGAAAAAAGAAGGGUUUUCAAAGAUCAAUCAAGAUUUUGCUAAAAAAAAACAAGAAGCCAAACCAUUUACUCAGAUCAAACAUGCUCGCCGUUCACCGUCCUUCUUCCGCCGUAUCCGACGGAGAUUCCGUCCAGAUUCCGAUGAUGAUCGCUUCUUUUCAAAAACGUUUCCCUUCCAUCUCACGCGAUUCAACCGCCGCUCGUUUCCACACGCACGAGGUCGGUCCUAACCAGUGUUGCUCCGCCGUCAUCCAAGAGAUCUCCGCCCCAAUCUCCACCGUAUGGUCCGUCGUCCGCCGCUUCGACAACCCGCAAGCUUACAAACACUUUCUCAAAAGCUGCAGCGUUAUCGGCGGAGACGGUGGAAACGUAGGUAGUCUCCGUCAAGUCCACGUCGUCUCUGGCCUCCCCGCCGCGAGCUCAACCGAGCGUCUCGAUAUCCUCGACGACGAGCGCCACGUCAUCAGUUUCAGCGUCGUCGGUGGAGACCAUCGGCUAUCUAACUACCGAUCCGUCACGACUCUCCACCCUUCUCCGAUCUCAGGGACCGUCGUUGUGGAGUCUUACGUGGUUGAUGUGCCUCCGGGGAACACAAAGGAAGAGACUUGCGACUUCGUUGACGUUAUCGUACGAUGCAAUCUCCAAUCUCUUGCGAAAAUAGCUGAGAAUUCUGCGGCGGAGGGGAAGAGGAAGACGACUCUGUGAUGAGUGUUUUCGUCGUCGUUGUUCGUUGAGUAGUUUCGUUAGAUCCGACGUCGUUUUCUUAGAUUUUUUAGCCGUCGUGUGAUCUAUGUUUUUUCCGGCUUAUCGUGUGAAGAAAAAAAAAAGAAGAUACAUUAGUGAAUUAAUCCCAUGCAUAAUGUUAUUAUUAUCUACCGUUUUAUU